UAAGUGAUGUUCUUUGAAAGAAGUUCAUAGUAAAAAACCUAUUUUAUACUUUGUUCGUUUGAUUAAUACUGUAAAUUUUUGUAGAAAUUAUACGUUAUAUAGUUUCUGUUAAUAUUCACUCUAUAAUUGGGAUCAAACGAAGAUAUCGUCUUCUCUAAAGUUUAUGUAGCAGCUUCUCUUUUAUCAUCUCUACUGGCUUGAAAAAUCCUCAUUUCUGUUGCGAGAUAUCAAAAAUGUCACUAUUUACUUCUAAAAAUUUAGAAAUAUUUGUUAAUGAAUUUCUCAAGGAAGAUCUGAAACAACUAGAGCACCAUAUAAAUAACUACAACGGUGAAAUUAUGGAGUAUGUGCAACUCAAAAAUACAUUAGAGGCGCUAAAUGAAAACUCUGAUGGUUCCUUUAAAACACAAAUGGAUAUUGGAGGCAAUAUGUUCAUGGAGGCUAAAGUGGAUAACCCUUCCAACUCGGUUCUGGUUGAUGUAGGAAAAGGUUAUUUCGUGGAAUUCACCUUGGAGGAAGCAUUAAAAUUUCUAGAAUUUAAAGUAAAAGUACUUACAAAUGAAUGUAAUGUUCUGCGUGAAGAAAGUGUGAAAAAACGGUCCGAUAUAAAACUUGCGUUGAUGUGCAUUGCUGAACAAGAAAACUUCUACCCGAACAAACAAGAAUAAGAGGCGUUUAAGAUGUUCGUAAUUUCUAAAUACUAUUCUAGGCCUUUUGUCAGAUUAAGUGGAUAUAAUUUUGAGUAUAAAAAUAAAACGUUUUUUGCUUUAAAA